GCCAGAUGCCACGUGGACAUUUAAUAUUAUAUCAUUAUAUCAACGGGAUUCUAAACAAGAAUACAUUGUUGGAAUUAUUGUCUAUUCUGUAAUCGUUUUUAAGUGACAAUAUUUACGCACAGCCAUGGGUACGAGACAGGUAGUAAAUAAAAUAUGUUGUAUUGGUGCUGGCUAUGUUGGUGGACCUACUUGUGCUGUUAUUGCUUACAAAUGUCCUGAAAUAACAGUGACUGUUGUUGAUCUCAGCAAAUCUAGAAUUGACGCUUGGAAUUCCAGUAGAUUACCUAUAUACGAGCCCGGCCUUCAAGAAAUAGUUGAACAAUGUCGUGGGAAGAAUUUAUUUUAUUCUACAGAUAUAGACAAGAGCAUUGUCGAAGCCGACUUGAUUUUUAUAUGCGUGAAUACUCCAACAAAAACAUUUGGUCUGGGCAAGGGAAGAGCUCCAGAUUUGAAAUAUAUCGAAUCAGCAGCUCGACAUAUUUCAAAAGUGGCCACGACGCACAAGAUCAUUGUUGAGAAAAGCACUGUUCCAGUUAGGGCAGCAGAAAGCAUAUCAACCAUUUUAAAAGCCAACAAACAAUCUGGUACAUUGUAUGAGGUCCUGUCAAACCCAGAAUUUUUGGCAGAAGGCACAGCUAUUAAUGAUUUAUUGCAUCCUGACAGAGUCUUAAUAGGUGGUGAGCAAACAAGAGGAGGACAAGUUGCAAUAGAUACACUGGCAUGGAUUUAUGAGCAUUGGAUUCCUGAAAAUAGAGUUAUCAAAACAAACACAUGGUCUUCAGAAUUAUCAAAAUUGGCAGCCAAUGCAUUUCUUGCUCAAAGAAUUUCCAGCAUAAAUGCAUUGAGUGCAGUAUGUGAAGCCACUGGUGCUGAUGUUGCAGAAGUUUCAAAUGCCAUUGGCAAAGACUCUCGAAUUGGAAGCAAAUUUUUACAAGCAUCAGUGGGUUUUGGAGGCAGUUGUUUUCAAAAGGAUGUUCUCAACUUGGUGUACCUAUGCGAAGCCUUAAAUCUCCCCGAGGUGGCUGCAUACUGGCAUCAGGUUGUCUCAAUGAACGAGUUCCAAAGACGGCGAUUUGCAAAUAAAAUAAUUCAUGCAUUGUUUAAUACGGUCACGGAUAAAAAGAUUGGAAUAUUAGGUUUCUCAUUUAAAAAGAAUACAGGUGAUACCAGGGAGUCAGCAAGUAUAUACAUUUGCAAAUACUUGUUGGAAGAAGGAGCAAGAGUGACAAUCUAUGACCCAAAAGUUGAGGAAGAGCAAGUCUUCACAGAACUCUGCCAUCCAAGUAUAUCAUCAGAUCCAGAGAAAGUGAGAAAAUUGGUGAAAAUAGAAAAGGAUGCAUACAGAGCACUGGAAAAUGCACAUGCAUUGGUUGUUUGUACUGAAUGGGAUGAAUUUAAGACAUUGGACUACAGGCACAUUUAUACAAAUAUGUUGAAACCAGCUUUUGUUUUUGAUGGAAGAAUGAUAUUGGACCAUGAUGGUCUUGUUGACAUUGGCUUUCAAGUUGAGACAAUUGGUAAAGUUGUAAAGAAUUCAAUACCCCCUGUAACACCUCCAAUACCACCAAAUACAUUCUUAAGUUAGUAACUAGUAGUUAAAAAUCUAUAAACAACCAUCUUACAAAUAACAGAAUGACUGACUAACACCCCACAAGCUGCAAAUAAUGUCAAUGUGUUCAGACAUUUAUUGAUAAGAAAACAAUAGUACCAUAACAUUACCAUAGCAAUUCAUACAAUAAAGAGAGAUUAUUUUGGAUAA